AUGGGUAAUCAGAGUUCCAGGGAAAGUGGUUCAUCCAAGGGACCUGGAGCUUCGGUUGGGGACAGCCUGCAAAAAUAUCCGUCGUUCAGCAAGUCUGACACAAAGGAAUCGUCACGAUCGUUCCGGUCUCUCCGAUCCAAGAUCCCAGGAAGUGGCAAGCUAGACAGCCCGCGAUCCUCGGCCAUCCUAUCAAAUGGCGACUUGGGUGACAAAACAGCAGACGCCGCGUCGGUCAGAUCGGGGCGAAGCGCACGAUCCAGCGCGUCCCGGCCAAACCGACCCGACAUACCAAAUCUCAGGACGGAUUCAGUAGACACCUCAGUAGAAUCACCUCUUUCACCCACCUCCGACGACCAACCCCCACCCUCUCCAGUGCAGUCUCAGUCUGUGAAGAAGGGUCAUCAUUCUGACCUGAACGCUGCCCAGGCCUCGGGCGAGGUAGACCAUGUGUCCGACCAACCACCAACAUCUGUAGCGAACGCCAAUACAAGUACACAAUCUCCUGGCCAGUCCAUCCUUGUGAGGCGUGAGAAUGCGCCCAACCCAAUCCAGCAGGAUUCCGCGACGGAUUCGAGCAAGACCGAAACAAUGAACAAUGUGGCCAUGUCAGACAUCAAGGAUAUUGAUCUGGAUGAUUUUAUCAAGCGUCUACUUGAUGCGGGAUAUGCUGGCAAAGUCACGAAGAGCGUUUGUCUAAAGAAUGCAGAGAUUGUAGCAAUCUGUCAACGAGCAAGAGAAGUAUUCUUGAGCCAACCGGCCCUCCUCGAACUCGACGCUCCUGUUAAGAUUGUGGGCGAUGUGCAUGGUCAAUACACCGACCUUAUUCGGAUGUUUGAGAUGUGUGGAUUUCCACCCAACUCAAACUACCUCUUCCUCGGCGAUUACGUUGACCGGGGCAAGCAGUCCCUUGAGACGAUAUUGCUACUUCUUUGCUAUAAGCUCAAGUUUCCCGAAAACUUCUUUUUGUUGCGCGGCAACCACGAAUGCGCCAAUGUCACCAGAGUCUAUGGGUUCUACGACGAAUGCAAGCGAAGGUGCAAUGUCAAGAUCUGGAAGACCUUUGUCGAUUGCUUUAACACGUUACCAAUCGCGUCCAUCGUUGCAGGGAAGAUAUUUUGCGUCCACGGCGGACUAUCACCCGCACUGAGCCAGAUGGAUGACAUUCGAAAUAUUGCUCGUCCUACGGAUGUUCCCGAUUACGGCCUCCUCAAUGACCUCCUCUGGUCUGACCCUGCCGAAAUGGAACAGGAUUGGGAGGCCAACGAGCGCGGCGUGAGCUAUUGUUUUGGCAAACGAGUCAUUACAGACUUCUUGGCAGUUCAUGAUUUCGAUCUAGUUUGCCGAGCACACAUGGUAGUUGAAGAUGGCUACGAAUUUUUUAACGACAAAGUCUUGGUAACCGUUUUCAGUGCACCAAAUUACUGUGGUGAAUUUGACAACUGGGGGGCAGUGAUGUCGGUGUCGGCCGAACUGCUCUGCAGCUUUGAGCUGCUGAAGCCUCUUGACUCCAGCGCACUCAAGAGCCAUAUCAAGAAGGGACGAAACAAGCGACAACAAAUGCUAAACAGCCCCCCUGCGAAUGUGCAUCCUCAAAGCGUGUGA